GUGGGUCCAUUCUUUCCCCUCAAUCGGAUAAGAGCGGCUCGAGGACAUGCAGCCCGAGCAACGCGCAACCGCGAGAGCGCCCACCUUAUGUUAACGUUAAUGUUAAUUCCCCGAGAGUAAACGACGCCAACAACAACAACGAAGUAAGGAACGCAAUUCAGGUCCAUACGGUCGUUGGACCGAGUUUUCCCAGUUGUAGGGCACCAUUUUCCACGCUGCGCAUUCCUCCGUGCAAAGAGCCGGAGAGGAAGGGAGAGCACCGACGGACUGAACGGGCAACGAGAGCUGGAAGCGGCCUCUUUACAAGGCGGACCGGUGAAUUCACCCACCAAGGCUCGUGAUAGACGUCCUGUCUGUUGUUUUGGGUGUGUCGGAGUCUCCCUGUGUUUGUUUUGAUGACCAAAGGCACACUAUGAGACCGUUGCUUUGAUGAAUAAUUUACGGUCUCGCUGUCCGAGGCUCGCGUUGCGACUACCAACCCAACGUUGGCUGCGCCCGACGCCGCCUGAAUGGGCCCAGAUGGUGGACUAGAGAGAAAAGGCACCACGGGCCUUAAUUGGGAGCGCAGGAACUAAAACAAAAUUAUAAAUACUUCGAUACUCGUCUGGGUGCUGUUUCGUAGCCCCGUAGUCAUGUUGCAGAGUCGGUGGGGGAGGAGAGACGGAGCCCCCACUACUUCCACGCCAAUCCAGUUUCGGGUUUAUUUUAUGAGCCUCAACGAAGCACCAUCGGACACUUUUUUUCUUUCUCGCUCAUUGUAAUCUUGCUGGUCUCAUCUGAAAGUGUGACGCGGAUGCUUCACUCACGCCUUACACAACUGAAUUGAUAUGAUCUUAACAGCCUUAGUGUUUUUCUUUUUGUUACCUCAGAACAAUCUUUGAAGAACUGCCUAGCUCCUGGUUCUGCAUCAGGUCAGAGUUAUACAAUACCGAGACAAAUCAUUAAGUCGAUGAGCACCGUUUUCACUGUUGAACUUACUUUAAUACCUCAUGAAUCUACCUCAAAUACAACUUAAUUUUCUACACAACACAACGGGCCGGUGUGUCCCCAAAUAAAUACCUCAACCUCAUCGCUGCGCAUGUUGUAAACUGAGUGUGUAUUUCGGUAAUGCUGCAGAUGGCUUCGUUCCCAGACACGGACCUGCAGACCUGCCCGCUCUGCAAGGAGCUGUGCGGCUCCUCUGCUCCCAUUUCUUCCAGCUCUUCUACCUCUUCAUCUUCCUCACAUACCUCAUGCUCCUCCAGCCAGACCAACAGGAGGCUCCACGUCCUGCCCUGCCUCCAUGCCUUCUGCAGGCAGUGCCUAGAGGGCCACCGCAGUCCAGGGGACCCGCUGAAGCUGCGGUGCCCCACCUGUGACCAGAAGGUGUGCAUCUCUGAGGCCGGAGUGGACUCCCUGCCGUCCUCCAACUUCCUCUUCAGCAAUCUGCUGGACGUGGUGGUGAGCUCUGAGGAGCACAUUCCGAACAAGAAUGGCCACCACAACCACCGGGGAGGCUUAAGUGGAGGCUCCUCUGGCUUCCAUCAUCCUAAUCAUGGAGGCCUGCUGCAUCCUAACCACCUGGGAGAGCCUCAGUGCAGUUCCUGCGACGAGGAGAACCCAGCCACCUCCCACUGCCUUGACUGCCAGGAGUAUCUGUGUGACAACUGUGUGCGGGCACACCAGAGGGUGCGGCUGACCAAGGACCACUUCAUCGAGCGCCUGGGGGAGAACCUCCACCUGGGCCGCAUCAAUGUCAACAACAAGCCGGGCCAGCCAGGGGUAUCGGUGUCUCUCGCCCAGUCCUUGCAGAACAACUUUGCCCUGCUGUCCCUGUUCCAGGACCACAUGAGCUUCUGCCAACACCAUGACAAUGAGGUGUUUCUGUUCUUCUGUGAAUCCUGCUCGGUGCCUAUCUGUAGGGAGUGCAGUGUUGGCCGCCAUAUGGGCCACACCUUUAUUUAUCUACAAGAUGCUGUACAGGACUGCAGGGCCAUCACCAUCCAGCUGCUGGCAGAUGCACAGCAGGGACGUCAGGCUGUGCAGCUAAGCAUGGAGAAGGUCCAGGCCAUGGCAGAGCAGGUGGAGAUCAAAGCCAAGGUGGUGCAGACGGAAGUGAAGGCCCUUGUGCUCAAACACAAGAAAGCGCUGGAGGAGAGGGAGUGUGAACUACUGUGGAAGGUGGAGAAAAUCCGUCAGGUGAAGGCUAAGUCUCUGUACCUGCAGGUGGAGAAACUGCACCAGAGUCUGACCAAGUUGGACAGCACCAUCGCGGCCGUCAGCCAGGUGCUGGAUGAGGGCCGCCACCUUGACGUGCUGCUGGCCAGAGAGCGAAUGCUUACCCAGAUCCAUGAACUCAAGGCUUUGAGGAGCCUGCUGCAGGCGCAAGAGGAUGACCGCUUCAUGUUCACUCCUCCAGACCAGGCUCUGUACAUAGCUAUCCAGUCAAUGGGCCUUAUCAGCAGUGGAGCCUUUGCCCCAGUCACCAAAGCCCAUGGUGAGGGUCUGAAAAGUGCGCUACGUGGCAAGCCCGCAUCCUUCACUGUGAUUGGAUAUGAUCAUGAUGGCGAGCCACGUCUUUCCGGCGGGGACACGGUGUCUGCAAUAGUCAUGUCAGUCCCAGACGGUAACCUGUCUGCAGCAGAGGUAACUGACCACCAGAAUGGCUCCUACACCGUUGGCUACCUGCCUAAAACUGAGGGGGAGCACCUUGUGUCGGUGUUGGUGUGUAACCAGCACAUCCAAGGCAGCCCCUUCAAGGUGAUCGUGAAGUCAGGGAGGAGCUAUGGCUCCCUGGGCUCCCAAGUUUCUUCCUUCGGGUGCGAGGGGGAGGGAGAUGGUCAGCUGUGUCGUCCCUGGGGCAUCAGCGUGGACAAGGAGGGAUACGUGGUGGUGGCCGAUCGCAGCAACAACCGCAUACAGAUAUUCAAGCCUUGCGGUGCCUUCCACCAUAAGUUUGGCUCUCUGGGUUCUCGGCCUGGUCAGUUUGAUCGUCCAGCGGGGGUUGCAUGUGACAGUCAGAGACGAAUCAUUGUGGCUGAUAAAGACAAUCACCGUGUGCAGGUGUUUACUUUUGAGGGCCAGUUCCUGCUGAAGUUUGGGGAAAAGGGUACUAAGAAUGGGCAGUUUAACUAUCCCUGGGAUGUGGCCGUCAACUCUGCGGGUAAGAUCCUGGUCUCAGACACUAGGAACCACCGUGUGCAGCUCUUCGCCCCUGACGGCUCUUUCCUCAACAAGUAUGGCUUUGAAGGGGCCCUGUGGAAACACUUUGACUCUCCCAGAGGAGUGGCCUUUAAUCACGAAGACCACCUGGUGGUGACCGACUUCAACAACCACAGGCUCCUUGUCAUCCGACCGGACUGCCAGUCAGCUCGCUUUCUGGGCUCUGAGGGCACCGGGAACGGGCAGUUUCUGCGGCCCCAGGGCGUCGCUGUGGACCAGGAGAACCGAAUCAUCGUGGCCGACUCCCGCAACCACCGAGUCCAAGUGUUUGAGCCCAAUGGAAACUUCUUAUGCAAAUUUGGCACACAGGGGAGUAGCUUUGGACACAUGGAUCGCCCCUCCGGUGUGGCUGUGACGCCUGAUGGAGUCAUUGUGGUGGUUGACUUUGGAAAUAAUCGCAUCCUCAAGUUCUAACAAAGUUUAUCUUUGCAUCCUCUCUCUCUGUUUGCCCUUUUGCAUUUUCUUGAUGAAGGAAAUGGAGGCGAGAGAAUGAAUCAACAGACACAACAGGAGGCAAGCUCAGAGAGGACUGAGAGCAUGCUGAAGUGAAGGGAAAUUAAAACUAUAGCUCUUUUUUCAGUUACAUUGCUAUAUUCCCAAUGAGAUAUCUGUGGUAUGUAUGACAAAGGGGACCUCUACAAAUUGAUAAUCAGUAGAACAAGCCAUAUUUUCCUUCCUUUGUCUCAGCUGCUCUGAAUUCUCUCUGUGAGCUCUCCUUAAUAUCCAUCUCAGGGAUUUUUUCACUUUUCUUGAAAUCUUGUACCCUCUGCUCCAUACCUACCUCAUUUAGCUCUUUACGAAUGUACUCAUAGUCACUGAGCAGAGGUUUUAGUCCGUGAAGUUUUACAAAGCAGAAAAGCCUACCUCUAUACUUUGUUAUUUAAGAGAAUGGACUAUUCAGUUGAUAUUUGCACAGGAUUAAAUGAAUUCUUGCUGUGCAUUUUGAAAUAUGAGUUAAA